ACAAGCUCUCUCUCUCUCUCUCUCUCUCUCUCCCCUCUCUCUACAGUACCCUUUCCAUCUAUUCUCUGCUGUCAACCUUCGGCCACAUUGCCUUCUCUACUAGCCUGCAGGGCGAUUUCCUGGAGUUGUAGGAAUUUUAUUUGCUUGCAAAGUCACUACCAAAGUUUCAAGGAUGGGGGAAUUGUCAGGCAUCCAGUUGGGCGUUAUAGGCGCGUUGUUCCUUUCAGUAGCAUCAUCGGUGUCCAUUGUCAUCUGCAACAAGGCAUUGAUGAGUAAUCUUGGCUUCCCGUUUGCUACAACAUUGACUAGUUGGCAUCUGAUGGUAACAUAUUGCACUCUUCAUGUGGCGUAUCGCUUCAACUUCUUUGAGAACAAGCCGGUUGACAUGAAGACUGUGAUGCUUUUCGGAAUUCUGAAUGGGGUUUCCAUUGGUUUUCUCAACUUAAGCCUAGGGUUUAACUCCAUCGGCUUCUAUCAGAUGACCAAACUUGCUAUCAUACCUUUCACUGUACUAUUGGAAACUCUUUUCUUGAAUAAGCAAUUCAGCCAGAAGAUAAAGUUCUCUCUCUUCCUCUUACUCAUUGGAGUUGGCAUUGCCUCUAUAACAGAUUUGCAGCUAAAUUUAGUCGGGACGAUUCUUUCUCUUCUAGCUAUUGCAACAACCUGUGUUGGUCAAAUUCUUACGAAUACGAUACAAAAGAGGCUCAAUGUUUCUUCUACUCAGCUGCUCUACCAGUCAGCCCCAUUUCAAGCAGCUAUUCUUUUUGUCUCGGGCCCUAUAGUGGAUCAGUGCCUUACCAAGCAAAAUGUCUUUGCUUACAAAUAUUCUCCCAUUGUCUUGGGAUUCAUCAUCCUUUCGUGCUUGAUUGCCGUUUCUGUCAACUUCAGCACCUUUCUAGUUAUUGGGAAGACAUCGCCGGUUACAUAUCAAGUGCUUGGCCAUCUAAAGACAUGCCUUGUACUUGGAUUCGGCUAUACACUACUUCACGAUCCUUUCACAGAGAGGAACAUCAUUGGAAUAUUAAUUGCCAUUCUCGGGAUGGUCUUGUAUUCAUAUUUUUGCACACGUGAGAAUAAAAAGAAACAAUCCGGAGAGAUCCCACCGGGGUCUCAGAUUAAGGAACCCGCACCGCUUCUGGUGGGGAAGAACAUAGAUAAAGAAAGUCACGAGGUUAAGAAGUCCACCAAAGAUUCUCUUGUUUAAGUGGGUAGCUAGCUAGGUUUGUGAUAAAGAUUUCAUGUGAUAAGAUCUUUGUUUCAGAAAUUUGGUGAGUGUAAAUGAGUCUCAUUCUUUACAAUAAAGGCAAAAUCUAUUGAUUCAAUUGGCCUUUUCUUCACCCUCUUGGCUUUGUAUACUGAGGUAAUGCUAGUUAAAAUUUUAAUUCCCUUCCUAACUAUAAUAGUUUGGAGAUGAGGGAGUGAAGUACAUGAGAGCCUUGGUAAUGCAGAACAGAAUAAAAUGUGGAGAUCAGAUGAUCGAAAUAGAGCUCCUUCAUUUUCAUGGUUGUGAUUAUGCAUUGUC